GCUCAAUCUUACUAUCUACAAGUCUAAAUCCACCUGGUGUCAAAACCCGCGGGUCCGAAAUCCUUCCAUUCACACAUUUAUCUGCCCCUUAAACAGAUCUACCACCCAUCAUGACCGACCCCGCCCUCCAAAUCCCCGAAGUCAUCCAAACCGCCUCCAUCAACCCGGAGCCGUCCGCGGAACACGACGUCAACCCGCCCACCGCAGCUUCCGAGAAGCAGCCCGUCGUGGAAGACGAUGUCGCCUCCGAAGCAGGCAGUAUCCCCUCUGAUGUCGUCGCCCCCCACCGUAUGAUCAAGCCCGCCUCGCGACGACACCAGCUGCCCCCAUUGCCCGAUCUGCGCUUCGAACAGAGCUAUCUCGCCAGCUUGCGGGGAGCUGAUACCUGGGGCCGAGUAGCUUGGAUUACCAUCAGAGACCAGGUCCUCCUCCCUCUUAUCCAGGGCACCGUCUGGACUCUCGCUCUCUCCGGUUGGCGAUUCUGGAAUCGCAACGCGUCCCUUAGCGGCCAGACACUCGGUAGCAAGAUCCGGAGAUGGUGGUAUGAGGUGAACAACUGGAAGUUGCCUCCCCUGCGGUCGGCUAAGGAUCCUCGCAUUGCGGAGAAGGUGGAAGACACACUGACAUUUGCGGAGUUCUUGCAGUUCUACACGGCCCAGUUCUCGAAUGCCGGUGCUGACUAG